AUGGCAGCUGCUACAAGCGAGUCAUCUACACCUCGUCCUCAUGUUGUAAUCCUCGGCGGUGGAGUCGUGGGCAUCAGCCUCGCCUUGUGCCUCCUAGACGUACCAGAAGCGCAGCGGCUAGCUGUGACCAUCGUCGCUGCCGAUCUUCCAGUCGUCAAGAGGCUGGAGCGGCAGCAAGUCGGCUCUUCAGGGGAUGGUGCAGGCCAAGCGUCUCGACCUCCAGCCAGCUAUGCAUCGUCUUGGGCUGGAGCUCAUCACGUCUCCAGCCCAUCGAGCCAGCGUGAAGCCAGGUGGGAGCAAGAUUCCUUUCGCGUGCUGAAAGAAAUCAUGAAGCUCGACAAACAGCACAGCUGGUCCACGACGAGUGCCCAUAGCUCAAGCGCUACCCAUGAAGAGGAGACGAUUCCACCUCUGUGCUGGGUCAGACAGGUUGAGCUCUUUCCAACUCGUACCCCCAGAACGAGUACAGAAGCGAUGAUGAGAGGUGCCCUCAAGAUAUACUCUCACUACAGCGAGUCCGGGGGUCUCGACCCCGCUUCUCAGGGCUCCUUUUUCCAACCUUCGACUUCGCUACCCUCUCAGCAGGCAUAUUACUUCAACACCAUCGACUAUAACGUUCCAGUGUACCUUCCACUCCUAUACGAACGCUUCCUGGCCUUGGGGGGAAGAGCUAUCAAGCGUCGGGUCAGCUCCCUGGCAGAGGCAAGACAGGCAGCGGCCGAUGGUCUGCCUGGCAGUUGGUCCCAGCCGAGCUUGAUCUUUGCCUCACCUGGGCUAGGCGCUGGUCAUCUCGCAGAGCUCAGAGACGACAAAGUCUUCCCUGUACGGGGCCAGACAAUCCUCGUGCGAGCGCCCUGGUUAAGGUAUGAAGGAGCUGAUGGCAGUGAGGAGUACCCUCUCUGGCCGGCUAUCAGUCGCAUGAAUGAGAACGGAGAGAGGGACCUCUACAUUAUCCCUCGUGGGGGAGGGGAGUUCAUCGUUGGCGGUACUAGAGAAGUUGGCAAAACUGAACCAUCACCAAACGAGCAGACCACUCGUGCAAUCCUUCAACGGGCCCUGCAGAUCUGUCCCUCUCUUCUGCCUCCGUCAAAGCGACCCCCUCCUGGCGUGUCUCCCCGAACAGAGGAUGUGGACAUCAUCGGCCUCAACGUAGGUCUCCGCCCAUCUCGCAAAGGGGGUCCUAUCCUCGAAGAAUGGACGCACAAGCAGAUAGAUGGAGCCAAGGUCGUUCUAGGGUAUGGCUUUGGCGGGUAUGGGUAUCAGCAAAGCUGGGGGGCAGCCAUGGAGGGGAGGACACUGGUCUAUAGAGCGCUACAGCGAGCUGCGUUGCCCGACAGGUACACGCUGCAAUCGCUGGAGGCGGCUGGAGUGUUGCGGACAGAUCAGGAGAAGACAGACAUACCAGGUAUAAGGCCGAAAGCUGCCUCGGCAAGAUUGUGA